GAUAACGAAUUUUUUUUUUUUGGGGGGUCAAAAUUUUAACGAAAAAGAGAGAAAGUUUGAGUCUGAAAAAUGUGGUGUGCAUGUUACCAUCAGCCAUUACCUGCCAGUUCCAUCGUGUUGAAUCGGCAGGCGAAGCAAGAAGAGAGUCUGAGAAGAAAACAAGUGCUCUUCUUCUUAUCCUCAUCUCCUUCAAGCUUAAGCAGCAAACAACAAUGGAAAAUCAGUAAUUAUCCUAAAAAUGGGUUCAGAUUAAAACCAAAAGCGAGUAUGGUUCCUCCUUCUGAGUCUGGUGAUAUCACUACCUUCCUCCUCGUUAGUGGAGCAAUGAUCUCCAUGUAUUUGGUAACCAAUUUUCUGGUUCCAUCGUUGCUUUUUAAGUCGCUCCAAGGUGAAGAAGAGGAAGAAGAUGAAGACUCCGGUUAAACUACGAGCUCCAUUAAUUGGUUUAAAUUUUAUAAAAUAAAACUAUGAACUAUUAAAUGAGUUUUUUUUUUUUUUUGGUUUAAUAUUAAAUGAGUUAUUAUUAAAUCAUGGGUUAACAUCCGUAUAAUAAAGUCUUGCGAUCAAAAUUCAUUCCA